UACUAAGACUGCAUUUACAUUUUCACCUCAUUUCAAAGUAGUUCGAGCUUGGUUUACCUAAAAUGAAGCAACAAUCUCUGUUUUCAUUUUCACUUCUCCUUCUCUUCCUCCACUGCAGCACCGAAAUUUUUGCUCAGGCACCAGCUGCAGCUCCAGUCAUACAGCCACCACCAGCAGCUCCAGUAAAGGCACCGCCUGCACCACCUGCACAAGCACCAUCAGGAGUACAAGUACAACCAGCACCUGGCCCUCUCGAUGUGGUUAAAAUCCUUGGAAAGGCUAGCCAUUUCACAGUGUUUGUUCGCCUACUGAAAGCUACACAAGUUGAUACAGAAUUAUUCUUGCAACUCAACAACACCAACAAUGGAGCAACCAUCUUUGUACCAACUGAUGGUGCAUUUUCAGGCCUCAAAGUAGGCACUCUGAAUUCCUUGAGCGAUGGAGAAAAGAUUGAGUUAGUGAAGUUUCAUAUAGUGCCUACGUUUAUAUAAUCUUCACAGUUCCAGACUGUGAGCAAUCCUGUCAGGACAUUGGCAGGAGCAGGUCACAGGUUUGCGCUUAAUGUGACUACCGGAGGCAGUACAGUGAACAUAACUACAGGACUGACCAAUACCACAAUUUCUGGCACUGUAUACACCGAUACCAGGCUUGCUAUUUAUCAGGUUGACAGGGUUCUACUUUCUCUGGAUAUGUUCACUCCUAAGCCUCCUGCUCCAGCUCCAUCUCCGGCGGCACAGGCACCAGAAAAGCCUACGAAGGCUCCCAUUGUAGAGAAUCCUGUUGCCCCUAAGGAUCUCUCUGGGUCAAUGAGUUUAUUUGUGCAGAAUAAUGUGGUGUUUCUUGCAGCUGGUAUAGUUUGUGCAUUGCUUCCCUUGUGAGGUAUGUUGCAUUGGGAGCCCUUUUGUUGUUGUUCUAUAAAUUGCGGCAGCUUUGGAUUCUUGAACGGUAUUUAUAGAGAUGGUCAGUGAUCUUGAAUAAUCACCAUUUUUUUUCGAAUCUAUAUUCGUAAUCAUUAUUGUUUCUGGUUAUGUGUACAAUA